ACCAAAAUGGAAAUGAUACACAGUACGAACUCAUUGCUCUAUAAAUGUACAAAUCCAAACUAAUUGCAUGCGAACCACCUGAUUAUUUACAUCAAUGGCUACCACCGAGACCGACUCCUUACACGGCCGUAAGCAGCUUCAUGUAGCCAUGUUCCCAUGGCUUGCUUUCGGUCACAUCCUCCCUUUCCUCGAACUCUCCAAAUUCAUAGCCCAAAAUGGUCACAAAGUCUCGUUUCUUUCGACCACAAGAAACAUCCAACGUCUCCCUACCCUCCCUUCCCAUCUCUCACCACUCAUAAAUCUUGUUAAACUCACUCUUCCACAUGUUCAAGAGCUGCCACAGAAUGCUGAGGCCACCAUGGACCUCCGCACUGGUGAAACUCAUGAUCACCUCAAAAGAGCUUUUGACGGUCUUCAGCCGGAAGUCACUCGGUUUCUUGAGGAAGAGUCACCAGACUGGAUUAUUUAUGACUUUGCUCCCUACUGGUUGCCGUCCGUUGCAGCUGGCCUUGGGAUUUCGCGUGCCCAUUUCUCCAUUGUCACCCCAUGGUUCAUUGCUUUUCUUGGAGCCUCAGCCGACGACUUGAUAAAUGGUUCAGAUGAUCGAACGACGGCUGAGGAUUUAAUGGCACCCCCCAAGUGGGUUCCCUUUCCGAGCAAACUAUGCUACCGAAAGCAUGAGGCCAAUUUGGUAAUGUGCCACUAUUCUUCUAAUGCUUCUGAGGUUUCAGAUGCAUAUCGUUUGGGGAUGAUUUUGAACGGAUCUGAUUGUAUGUUUAUGAGAUACUGCUAUGAAUUAGAGCCUCAAUGGCUAACCCUUUUAGAGAAGCUCCAUCAGCUUCCGGUGGUUCCUGUGGGAUUACUUCCACCCACAAACAUUGGAGAUGAGAAAGAUGAAACAUGGGUGACGGUCAAGAAGUGGCUUGAUAGCCAACAAAAAGGUCAUGUGGUGUAUGUUGCAUUAGGAAGUGAGUUUAUGGUGAGCAAAAGCGAGCUGGAUGAGUUAGCUUUGGGUCUCGAGCUGUCCGGGUUGCCAUUCUUUUGGGCUCUUAGAAAACCCGUAGGUUCCACCGAGUUAAACUCGGUAGAGUUGCCAAACGGGUUCUUGGAACGAACCCGUGAUCGUGGUGUGGUAUGGACGAGUUGGGUACCUCAGUUACAAGUACUGAGCCAUGAGUCAGUGGGUGGUUUCUUGACUCAUUGUGGUUGGAGUUCAACUGUGGAGGGGCUUAUGUUCGGUCACCCUCUAAUAAUGCUACCUUUUUUGGUGGACCAAGGUCUGAUUGCUCGAAUACUGGUUGACAAACAGGUGGGAGUCGAGGUCCCAAGAAAUGAGGAAGAUGGAUCCUUCGCUAAGGAAUCGGUGGCCAGAUCAGUGAGGUCGGUUGUAGUCGACGAUGAAGGGAAGAUCUACAAGGCUAAUGCGAUGGCGUGGAGUAACGUGUUUGGCGACACUAAAUUGCAAAAGAAGUAUAUAGACGAUUUCAUAGAUUAUUUGGAAAAGAAGAGACGUGUGGUCGCAUGAUCUACAUUUGGAAUGUAUAAAAUAGCAGGUUUCUUAUAUUGAAUCAGUGUUCUGUGAUUUGUAGACUCAUAGAGUCAUAGUUCCUUUUGUGAUUUGUAUAUUUAUCUUCAUGUUAUUUUUUAUAUCAUUUGAUAAUUGGACAA